UCCUAUACGAUCCCUUUCCGCCGCGACCCCGACUUUGUUGAUCGUGGUACGCUGCUUGAUGAGCUGAAAGAAAAAUGCUCUGCGCCAGCGUCCCGGGUGGCGUUGGUUGGUAUAGGAGGUGUGGGUAAGUCACAGCUUGCCAUAGAGCACUGCUACCGCACGCAUGAGACAUCACUAGGGAUGUGGGUACUAUGGGCGCAUGCUAGCAGCACCGCCCGGCUCGAGCAGAGCUUCCACGACAUCGCCGACCGUGUCAAGAUCGAAGGGCGACGAGAUCCACAGGUCAACAUUUUCAAGCUGGUGCAUGACUGGAUGUGCGAUACCGAUGAGCGGUGGCUGCUUGUGUUAGAUAAUGUUGAUGAUGCCGGUUUUCUG